AUGGCCAAACACGACAGCUUCCCGGACUCGUUGUCUUCCGGUUGCCUUGCUUCAACCUCGUUUACCGAGUCUAUCACUUGUGGGCCAACUUCAUGUGGUCAAUACUUUGCACGCUCUCCGGUAAUUGAUCGUCAUGUAGCUGAUGGAUCCAGUUUAAUAUUUUCAAAGAAAAGGUGGGUGAAUUGGCAUUUUUUUUUGGGAUUUUAGCUGGUAAAAGAAGAAUUGGGAUGUGAAGCCUCCUCUGUUCGAUUAUCCAAACGAUUACCAGCCGAUUAGCUAGAUUAUUUUGCUUUUCAUAUUAUCCAUGAUCACUGCAUCCAAAAAAAAUGUUCUCUUUUUAGUGAGGACGAUGAUGGUGAAUUCUACUCAUCGACGAUCAUCCGCAUCUACAAUAAGUACGCCGAGAAGGUAGAGAACGAAAAGACCCCCCUAUACAAGAGGAUUUUGAGUCGGAUCAGUGGUCUGAUGACGGAUCGUCGAGGAAAUUACCCAAUGGAUUGCCGCAUCGAGCAUCAGCCUCCGAGUAAUGUGUCUUUCAUCAAUUACAGAGUGAUUCGAGACUGA